GACAGGGUUUAGACCCCAGAAGGAGGCCGCAGCUGCACGUCUCCGGUCCCAGCUCCACUUGGCCCCCGCUUGAGCUCACACCCUCUGCUGCCCAGAGCCAUGGAGGUCCCCGAAGCUGUCCUGCCCGUCCUGCUGCUCACCGUGACACUCUGUUCCCAGACCUACUGUUCCUCUUUUGGUGCUGACACCCCGACCUCCUGCUGCUGCUUCUAUAUCUCCCGGCAGAUUCCUUGGAAAUUUGUGGUCGACUAUUAUGAGACCAGCAGCCAGUGCUCCAAGCCCGGUGUCAUCUUCCAAACCAAAAGAGGCCGGCAGAUCUGUGCUGACCCCAGGGAGGCCUGGGUCCAGAAGUACAUCAGCGACCUGGAGCUGAAGGCCUGAGUGGCCUGGAAGCUACAAGGAAGGUGUUACAUCUGUGUGCAGACUGGGGAGAAGGCACCUGAGCCGGGGCAAUGACCUUGGAACUCUGGAGGGCAUCUCUUCGAUGGGUCCCACCCCCACCCCAGCCACACUCUGCCGCCCUCUUUAACUUUAAUUUUAGUUUAUGUAUCUUAUUUAACUUUUGUAAUUUAUUUCCCUUCUUGAAUUGUGUGAAUGUAAUAAGUAUUUUCUCGGACUUCUCAU